AUGCCUCGCCCGGGGAGAAACACGUAUAGCGACCAGAAGCCGCCGUACUCAUACAUCUCCCUCACAGCUAUGGCCAUCCAGAGCUGUCCGGAGAAGAUGCUCCCCCUCAGUGAGAUUUACAAGUUCAUCAUGGACAGAUUCCCCUACUACAGGGAGAACACGCAGCGGUGGCAGAACUCUUUGCGGCACAAUCUCUCCUUCAACGACUGUUUCAUCAAGAUCCCCCGGCGGCCGGACCAGCCGGGCAAAGGGAGUUUCUGGGCUCUGCACCCGAACUGCGGCGACAUGUUUGAGAACGGCAGUUUCCUGAGGCGCCGCAAGCGCUUCAAAGUGAUGUCUGCGGCCGACCACCUGGCCCCCAACAAGCCGUCGGACGCCGCUCACUACCUGCAGCAGCAGGCCAAGCUCCGGCUGAGCGCCCUGGCGGCCACCGGGACGCACCUGCCGCAGAUGCCGGGCUACAACAUCGGUGUCUCCCAGCCGUCCACGUUCAAGCACCCGUUCGCCAUUGAGAACAUCAUCGCCAGAGAGUACAAGAUGCCGGGCGGCCUGGCCUUCUCCACCAUGCAGUCCAUGUCCGCCGGGUACCCGCUGCACAACCAGCUGACCACGGCCUGGCCGCACAUGUACAGCUCCAGCGUCAUGGACACGGCCGCUCCGAUCUCCAUGUCCAGCGACUACUCGGCCUACGGAAUGCCGCUCAAGUCCAUCUGCCACGGCGGGCAGACGUUACCUGCCAUCCCGGUGCCCAUAAAGCCCACGCCCGCCUCGGUGUCCGGUCUGCCGGCGCUGCCGGCUCACAUCCCGGCUUUCCUUGCGAACUCGCCCCAGUCCCUCAGCCCCACCUCCCCCCAGACAGCCACCGGCCAAAGCAGCCCCGCUGCGCCCGGGGAGGCGCUCUCCACCCCGGCCUCCUCGGCGCUGCAGGCCACGGUGGCGGUGCACUGA